GAACAAGGGGCAUCUCAUACAAGACCAACUAUGUUGUUCACCGUGUUUUGUUGCGUUUGGCUCUCACAGACCAUGGUGUCUGGUAUUGUUCUGGUAAAACAAAUACCGGAAACGUAUUCAGGUGGCCGAGCAAUUGAAGUUAGCACAGUAAUACUUGAAGGCACGGUACAACAAGACGGGAAAGAGGUAGCAUGGAGCGGACCUCUGGCUGACUCAGGCUCAGAGGACCGGAUGAAAAUCACUAAUCGCUUGUGUGGUAAAUUGACAGCUCAACUAGUUCAAGUGCAUGGUUUGGAAAACAAAUUCCUAUUAUGCGUAGUACAGCCUAUUGAAGGAAAGGAAAAGGAAGCUAGGACGGUCAUCUAUCUGAAAAAGACUUCCUCCUUGAACCCUGAGUUCAUAAAGUCAACUGUACUUGGUGGUCCCUCUCUUGCUGUGAUGGGCGUAAAUUAUGACCCUACGGUGUCCGUAUUCGUACAAAACGGCACAGUUUUUCUGGGUAACCUGCAAGAUUUAUUCCCCUCUCAUCACGAUCACGACGAACACCACGAUCAUCACCACACCACGGCUGCUCCUCAGCAUCAUCACAAAAUAUCUGAGCUACUGAGAGAACCUAGCGGGCAUUCCCAUGAACACGAACCUGUAAUUGAGCAUGGGCAAAGCCCACAUGGACAUGGUUCUGAUUUGCACGAAGAUCUAACACUUGAGGAAGAGCAUUUUCAUCCUCCAACCCCGAAAACUAACGUCUGGAAUGACUGCACAUACAACAAUACUAACGCUAAAUGCGUGGAAAUCCGCAGUGUUAAUUGCGAAAACGGAAUUUGCGAUCAUCAUGAAAAUGAAGUUGAGGACCUAAGUCUCGAGCACCAUUAAUUGCAAAUACUUGGAGACGGAUUUUGCAUUGGAAUACAGUUUGGCGUGUUUGCCGUUCACUACUAUCUUUGUUUACGUAAAUAAAUAAGUUUUGCGCACUGAA